AUGUCCUCCUCCCCUUUUCCAGUCCUUCCCUCAUGUCCUCCUACCCUUUCUCACUCCUUCCCUCAUGUCCUCCUCCCCUAUUCCCAGCUUUUCCCUCAUGUCCUCCUCCCCUAUUCCCAGCUUUUCCCUCAUGUCCUCCUCCCCUUUCCCAGUCCUUCCCUCAUGUCCCCUUCCCCUUUCCCAGUCCUUCCCUCAUGUCCUCCUCCCCUUUCCCAGUCCUUCCCUCAUGUCCUCCUCCCCUAUUCCCAGCUUUCCCUCAUGUCCUCCUACCCUUUCUCACUCCUUCCCUCAUGUCCUCCUCCCCUUUCCCAGUCCUUCCCUCAUGUCCUCCUCCCCUUUCCCAGUCCUUCCCUCAUGUCCCCUCCCCUUUACCAGUCCUUCCCUCAUGUCCUCCUCCCCUAUUCCCAGUCCUUCCCUCAUGUCCUCCUCCCCUUUCUCACUCCUUCCCUCAUGUCCUCCUCCCCUUUCCCAGUCCUUCCCUCAUGUCCUCCUCCCCUAUUCCCAGUCCUUCCCUCAUGUCCUCCUACCCUUUCUCACUCCUUCCCUCAUGUCCUCCUCCCCUUUCCCAGUCCUUCCCUCAUGUCCUCCUCCCCUAUUCCCAGUCCUUCCCUCAUGUCCUCCUCCCCUAUUCCCAGUCCUUCCCUCAUGUCCUCCUCCCCUAUUCCCAGCUUUUCCCUCAUGUCCUUCUCCCCUUUCUCACUCCUUCCCUCAUGUCCUCCUCCCCUUUUUCACUCCUUCCCUCAUGUCCUCCUCCCCUUUCCCAGUCCUUCCCUCAUGUCCUCCUCCCCUUUCCCUGCCCUUCCCUCAUGUCCUCCUCCCCUUUCUCAGUCCUUCCCUCAUGUCCUCCUCCCCUUUCCCAGUCCUUCCCUUGUGUCUUCCUCCCCUGUUCCAAGUCCUUCCCUCAUGUCCUCCUCCCCUUUCCCAGCUCUUCCCUCACAUCCUCCUCCCCUUUAUCAGUCCUUCCCUCAUGUCCUCCUCCCCUUUCUCAGUCCUUCCCUCAUGUCCUUCUCCCCUUUCCCACUCCUUCUCUCGUGUCCUCCUCCCCUUUCCCACUCCUUCCCUCAUGUCCUCCUCCCCUUUACCAGUCCUUCCUUCGUGUCCUCCUCCCCUUUCCCUCUGAUUCGCUCUACAUUCGCUCUGAUUUCGAAACUUUGGUCAGAAUGUUAA